GAUCUUGACGUCUGACAGAGAUUUUGCAGUCCAUUGAUUUUUUUUUAAAAAAAUUUGGAAAGAGAGACUAGUUAAUGAAAUCUCUUUCAUUCAUCGAUGAAUGCGAGGGUUGGCGACCAAUCUUUGGCGACUAGAAUAACCUUCUCAUCGGCCCGGGAUGAAACACGCGGCUUCACGUGGGGGAAGAUGAUAUACUUAUGAAUUCUGGGUACGGCAACUGUUUUGUCCAGGUUAAAAAGGAUAUUUCCAUGGAUUAAAAAUAUAUCGUAGAUGAGAGAAAGUAAGUUUGUUGUUUUAGGGGCAGGUGGAGUGGGGAAAACGAGUCUUGUAGUUCGUUUCUUGAACGAUAUGUUCUGUAGUACGUAUAAACCAACUGUUGAAGACUGUUAUCAGCAUACCAUCCAACUGCCAGAUGGCAUUUCGCACACAGUGGAAAUACUGGACACAGCCGGUAGUCACCAUUUUCCAGCAAUGAGAGAACUGAGCAUAAGAUCGGGAAGAGGUUUCCUCCUCGUCUACUCAGUGGACAGCUAUCAAUCCUUCAGAGAAGCCACUCAGUUGUGGCAGCUCAUUCGAGACAUAAGAGCGGACGAUGACGUACCCGUGCUGCUGGUGGGAAACAAGUCAGAUCUAGAGAUUCAUCGCCAAGUGACCUACGACCAGGCUUUGAAGAGGACAAAAGAAUCCAUGGACGGUUGUUGUUUUUACGAAGCAUCUGCCAAGUUCAACACGAAUGUAAAGGAAGUCUUUCUGACCCUCCUGCAGUUGGCUAGGGAUCAGGAGGAAGCUCAGGAGGCACUCCUGGAAGAACAGGAUUUGUUCAGGAGGAAGAGCCGACGCCUCUCCAAGCGCAUCAGUCGAAAAAUCAACAACACAUUUGCCCUCAAGAAGAACGAUUCCACCACCGAUCUGUCCGAUCCAGUCAUCGAUCUGAAAAAAGAUCUCCAACCCAAGUGCGUCAUUGUUUGAUACGUUUUUUUGUUAUUUUUUUUACUUCCAUUCAAACUGUUUGAAGGGCACAGGUCCGUUAAGAUCUUGUCAAGUGUUGAGGACGAAUUUCAGUGCUUAUUGCAGACUAUAAUUUUUUUUAAUUUCCAUAAAACACUCAUUACUAAAGCGGAUGAUGUAAUAUUAUCCCUUUUAUUUUUGUGAGUUUCGUUACACAAGAUAAAUCUAAUGAUUCAUCAAGUUCGACAAAUUUUCAUCAUUUUCUACGUAAAUAACAAAAGCGAGUAAAACAUGAAAAGAUACAUACUAGAUAAGUUUCUAGCAUACAUACUAUAAAUGUUCAGUAAGUGUACAACAAUGUACAAAAGCGAGUGAUACAUGGAAGAGGUACUAACUCACCAAGUUUUUGGUUUAUUCGACAAAUUUUCAUUACUUCUGCGCACAUAACAAAAGCGAGGGAUACAUGAAAAGAUACAUACCAGAUAAGUUUCUAGUAUAUAUACUGCAAAUGUUCAAUAAGUAUACCACAAAGUACAAAAGCGAGUGACGCACGGAAAGAUGCAUAUACUUAUCAAUUUUCUGGUUCAUUUUACAAAUUUUCAAUAUGUGUAUAUAAAUUUAAAAAAAAAAACGAAUGUUACAAAGAAAUAUACACUCAUAAAAUUUUUUAUAUGUACAAUAAAUAUAACUUGUGUACACCCUUAUUCACUCGCCACACAUCCUCACGUUCAAUGGCAUGUUUUUGUAACUUAACAUGACCUAACAAAUUGAAUA